CCUAGUAACGAGUGUGUGAGUGCUGUAUAUAUGUAAUACUUGUCUUUCCGCAAACUUUCAUCUUCAUUUUCCGCUUCGGCUCGGUUAGGUUUUCCUUCUGCGUGUUUGCCCGGAACUACUUCUCCACUCAUCGUUUAAAAUGUCUGAUGUGGAAGAGUAUCGCUGCUUCAUUGGUGGCCUUGCAUGGUCAACAUCUGAUAGAAAAUUAAAGGAUACAUUUGAAAAGUUUGGCAAGCUGGUUGAGGCAAAGGUUGUUGUUGACAAGUUCUCUGGGCGUUCACGUGGUUUUGGAUUUGUCACAUUUGAUGAAAAGAAAGCAAUGGAAGAGGCUAUUGAUGCUAUGAAUGGGAUGGAUUUAGAUGGGCGGACUAUUACUGUAGAUAGAGCCCAGCCUCAACAAGGAUCAACUAGAGAUGAUGGUGAUCGCUACCGGGAGCGUGGCCGUGAUCGUGAUCGUAACCGCGAUUAUGGAGGUGGAGGGGGCCGAGGAUCUAACGGUGGUGAAUGCUUUAAGUGUGGAAAACCUGGUCAUUUUGCUAGGGAAUGCCCUGGUGAAGGGUCCAGGGGUGGCGGAAGGUAUGGUGGUAGGGAAAGUAGACAUGGUGGAAGCGGUGGUGGUGGUGGUGGUCACUAUGGUCCAGAUAGAAAUGCAGAUCGUUCUUCAGGGGGCCGCAACAGGGAUGGCGGUAGUCAUGGAGAUUCUGGAAAUGAUCGAUAUCAUCGUGAUCGUGCAGGACCGUAUGAGCGAGAGCGACGGGGAUCAGGAGGCUUUCGUUGAUAUAAUUUAGUCUUUCAAUGAGCUUUAAAAUUGAAGAGGUCGCUGUCAAUGCUUCAACUUUCUUUUUCAUUCCCACUUCACAAUGCUCUGGACUUCUGGGAUUGUUGUUUGGAUGGAUCAUUGAUACCAGUAUUUUGAUAUGCAAUACUCAGCACAUUUUGCAAACUCUUUAUGUUCCUAAAUGCUGAUCUUUUGGUCUAGUGAAAUCUUAUGCAUACUUGACUUGCGGUCAAAUUCGAUGUUGUGCUCUAUGCUAUCUAUAAUUGCUGCUGCUGGGUAUCUUGUGAAUUGUGACUUUAAUGCAUGGGGAGUUGCGUAUGACAUAUUUGCUGCUGGAUUACCUGAUUCAGUUUAAGACGUAUUGGAAAGUUUUGUUGGUGUUGGAUGGGUGGGUUUUGGAAAGACCAAGAUGGAGGUCCAAAUGUGGAGUUUUGCUUCUUCUCAUUGGGAGAAGGAAGUUUUAAAAGUAGAAUGCCCAUUUGGCUAUCCCGUCUCAGGAUCUUUGAGUAAAAGUAGUCAAAAGCCGGUAAAUUAUUGAAUAUUUGUCUAGCACACCUACUUUCUUCUUUGCUAGAUUUCUGCUUUGGCCAGCGCUUUAUUAAUGUUAUUGACCUUUUGGCAGGAUUCUUGGCUUAAUGUGGUCUUUUUGGAUUCA